UGCCGCCCGAACCGUUCUCAAUCCAUUUACUCUUAGCUCCCGCACCAUGCCAUCGCCCCUUUUGUUGUCUCCUGCUAAGAAUAUGAAGAAACUUUGGGAAGACCUUCCUCGCCGCUUGUUAACGAUUGGAGUCGGUGUUCCGGCGCUGUGGACAUGUUGGUCGUACUCCACCUUCACACGAUGCUUGUUUUUCCAAUUCAUUCAUGUACUAAUGUGCAUCGAAUGGGCAAUGUCCCUGAGUCGCAUGAAGACAAGAUGGACUAUCUUGUUCACCGCUACUUCCUUGAGUCUGGCCAAUAUUGAAUCAGAUGCUCUGUUCUUGACCUGUCUCGUUCCACUUGUCGCGGUCUUGACACUUUUUCUUCUUCCACAGCAAACACAACAACAAUAUGAAUGUCAUUCACAGUCAGAGACUGUGAAAAACUCUAGCACCGAAAGGAUUGCAAAUAAUUGUCUUGCGAAGAAGAAUGAUGAUGCUGGCUCCGAGCGUCGAAAGGAUGUUUCGAUCACACAAUCCAGUACAUUUGGAUCGUCCAAAGGUCCAGAUGAAAGCGCAGGGCUACUUCAAAUCAGUAUCCUCUUGGGAGUACUGCUCUUGACCGUUCCCAAUCGGACGUGGCUGCAACUUUCUCAAUUAGACUUUACGUACACGGUCAAUGUAUUGUUUUCCGUUUGGAACGGCGAUACCGGCGCCUUGAUUGCCGGACGCCUCUCUCGAAUGCUGCGAAUACAACAUCAUAGUGUCGACCGGACUAGAGACUCGGAUGUCGCCCUCCCAUCCAUAUCAGCUCAACCUGAAUGGCUACGCAAAAUUUCACCCAAGAAGUCGAUGACGGGAUUGUAUGGUGGAGUGCUUACGACUUUGCUCACAUACGUGUACGUGAUGCCCUUUUUUUGGAGCAGAAUUGGAAACCGGCUGCAGUCAACGUUAGCCAGCGAAUCAUCACCAGCUAUUUUUUACCCACACGAGGCGCCACGCCUUGAGCGGUACACUGUCGGAGCGUUGCUAGGUGUGGCCGCGAUUUUGGGUGAUUUGUGUGAAUCAUGCUGCAAACGAUACUUUGGUGUCAAGGAUACGUCCAAGCUCUUGCCGGGGCACGGCGGCAUUCUCGAUCGUUUUGAUUCCAGCUUGCUGGCCGUACUCUUUUACCAUUAUUAUGUUGUCACAUACUCACUAUAG